AAAAUAGCACGUGCUUGAGAAAGAGAUUGUCAUACGUGUUCUUUUACGUUGUAUCCACACUUGUAACACUGAUGAUCGAUAUAUUACUUUAUGUUUUUCUAAAUAUUAUAAAAGAAUUUAAUAUCUUAUUUCAUUCUUUUUCCUAUAUGAAUUAGAAUGACAAGUAAAAAAGGACACACCCUUCGAAUUGAAUCAGAAAUCGAUAAAAACCGUGAAGAAGGAAAUUGGAAAAAGGUUAUAGAAUUGGCAGAACACCUAAAAGUACAGUAUCCCAGUAAUGAAUGUUUAGCAAAUUUUUUAUGUGGAGAAGGAAGAUUAGAAAGUUUUUUAGAACAAACUCCACCUAUAGAUGCUAACAUUGGAAAAGCUAGAAAUGGUCUACAAGAAACUAGAAGAUAUUUAAUUCUUGCAGCAAAUGAAAAAGAUAAACAAGCUUUGGUUGUAUUAGAUGCACAUUUAUUACUUGGUAAAUUGCAUUAUGCAAUGGGAAUGUAUGAAGAAGCUCUCAAGCAUUAUCAACAAGCUGAAUUACAUACACUUACAGAAAAACCAUUACCUUGUAGAAGUCUACGUAUUAUUGCAGAAUCAUAUGCAAUUAAAGACACAGGAAAACAUUUAUCCCGCCGAAGACUGCGCAUUAUUGCUGAGUCACAUGCAAUUCAAGGUCUUUGUCUAGAAAAAUUACCACCAAAUUCUAAAUCAAAAUAUAAAAUAGCAGAAUGGCAAGAACAAAUCAUCAAAUGCUAUGAAAUAGCUGGGGAUCUAACAUUGGUAUAUUUACAAGAACAAGAUAAACUUGCAAUGCAACAUCAAAAUGGAACAUCUACCGUAAAUAGUAACAAUGCAGGUACAUAUUCUUCUCAAUCUUCGUUUUGUUCUACAAAACAUAUUGGACCAAUAUUGGAAACUGCACUACAAAGGGCACCCAUAUUGUACAUUCAAAUUGGUAAUAUUCAAGGUGCAAUAAAUCGUUAUAGGGAAAUUUUAUCUGCUGUGGAGUCUACAACAACUCAAAGUCUUAGGGUUACCUUAACGAGACAAUUGGCAGAAGUAUUAAUUCGAGGUAUUAGUGGUGCUGAAUAUAAACCUCCAGAAAUACCAAGUGACUCAACAGAUUCACCUUGGAAACCAAAGAAAUAUUUAGGUCUUAAUAAGUUUGUGCCAAGAAAUGAAUAUGAAGAAACAAUUUUAUUAUUAUUAAUAAGUGAAGCUAUGGCAGUUAGAGAUGCUGUGCUUAGUCAAUCUCCAGAAUUUAAAGAUGCAAGAAUUCAUGCUUUUGAAAAUGCUGCUGCAGUAUAUGAUCUUCUCACAGUAGUUGUUGUGAGAUGGAGUCAAGUGGAUUUACUGUAUGAAGUAAUUGCAAUGAAUUUUUCAAUAUAUAUUCAUUUCUCAAAUAUACAUUCAUUUGAAAGGGCAAUGAAAUUUUCUCAUGAAGAAGCGCAUGUAUGGACUCAAUGUGCAUUAUGUUUAAUUAGUAUGGGAAAAUAUAUGCAUGCUUAUAGAGUUUUAAAAGUGGUAACAAGAUUAUCAUCGCAAAAAGUAAUGCCGUGCCUUUUAGCCGCGAGACUAUGCUAUGAACAAUUAAAUAUGAUAAAAGAAGGUAUUGAAUGGAGUCAAAAAGCACUUCAAAGAGAAACUUCAAAUUCUCAAGGGAUGCAAUCAAGAUGUCAUCUUUAUAUUGGUAUUGGUCAUAGUAUUCUUGCAGUAAAUACUAUAGUAAAAAUGGAUAAAACUUAUCAUACCAAGACAGCUCUAGAAUGUUUUCAAAAAGCACAACAAUGUGAUCCAAAUGAUCAUUUAGCAGAAUAUUAUUUAGCUCAUGAAUAUGCAAUUAACAGACAAAUUAAUGACGCAAUGAUUCAUGUAAAAAUUGCAUUAAAUCUACGAGCAGAACACAUUCCAUCAUUGCAUUUAUUGGUAUUGCUAUUGUCGGCUCACAAGCAAUAUUCAGAAGCAUUGCAUUUAAUAAAUAGUGUAUUAGAAGAAUAUCCAGAUAAUUUAAAUUUUCUUUAUGUAAAAGCGCAUCUUGAAUUACGAAGUAUCGGUGGUGAACAAGCAUUGUUUACCAUAAGACAUAUGCUUUUAUUAUGGAAGAAUCUAUAUGAAGAUCAAACUAAUGCUAAUUGUAAUGAACAGCAUAGUGAAAAACGCAGUGAAACUAGAAGUGUUUUUCAACUUUAUGCUUCUGAAUUGUCUGAUAAAGACUCCAGUUCUCUUCAUGCACAAUCAUUAGCUGCUUCAAGAGUAGAGCAAGCUUUAUCGGAAGUUGCAUCUUCGCUCAGUUCCUUUACUCCAAAGCCUGGACCACAAAGAGCAUGGUUGUUACAAUUACAAGUUUGGCUGUUGCUUACUGAAGUGUAUCUAGUUUUAGAUCAACCAAAUGGUGCUGUUCUUUCUUUACAAGAAGCUACAAAUAUUUUUCCAUUAAGUCAUCAUAUUAUGUACACACGGGGUCUUCUUCAUGAAUAUAAAUUGGAAUAUAUGGAAGCAAAACAAUGUUAUCAGAAUGCAGUUUCAAUUAAUCCAUCACAUAUUAAAAGUUUACAACAUUUGGGAUUAAUUUAUCACUAUUUGGGUAGUCAAAGAUUAGCUGAAAAAACUUUACGAGAUGCUGCAAAAAUUGAUCCAAAUUCUCAUCAAACAUGGUACAAUUUAGGAAAAGUAUUAGAAUCUUUAGGUGAAGUAGAAGCAGCAAGUGAUUGUAUGGCUACAGCCUUGGAAGUAGAAAUUACGAAUCCAAUAUUGCCAAUUCUUUCAAUACCAGUAACAUUUGAAUGAUUCAAAAUUUUAAUUUUUUAAAAAAGAUCGUAAUUUAUCAUGCAAGAUUGGCAUUUGUUUGUCCUUGUGACAAUCGUACCUGCUUAUCUUUAAAAUUAAUAUUACAUUAUUGUACAAAUAUAUAAAUUCUUUAAAAAGUAUUAUGCAAAUAAUUUAUCAAUAAAGACUUACUGUAAAAAAGACUUAAAUAAAGAAAUAUAAGAA